CGCCGGCGGAGCGGAGCCACCGAGCGACCUCAGAGGAGCCGGCGGAGCGCGCGGCGGAGGGAGCCGUGCGGCGCGUCCGAUGGGAGGCAGCGCCGCCGCGCGGGGCUUUGUGCGCGCCGCCCGCGGAGCCCCCUCCCCGCUGCGCCCGCGCCCCGCCCACCGCGCCCCGUGCUGCCCGGCGGCGAAGACCCGGCAGGCGCGCGGGACUCGGGCGAGAGCGUAGCUGGGGCGGCGGGGGCGGCGGCGCGCGGGGGCGCCGGAGGGCUCCGUGCGCGGCGAGGACGAAGAGUUCCCAGGAGUAUCCAGCAGUUGAGGUCACCAUGGCAGAACUCCAGGUGGGCACCCAGGCCAGUGUAGACUGGCAGAAGCGCUGCCUGACCCUGGAGACACAGCUUGUCCGAUUUCGCCUCCAGGCCAGCAAGAUCAGGGAGCUGCUGGCUGACAAGAUGCAGGAGCUGGAGCAGAGGCUGCUGGAGGCUGAGGAGCGAGCGGAGAAGGCAGAGACCCAGGUGGGUGUGAUGGAAGAGAAGGUAAAACUGUCCAAUCUUAGGAAUGUGGACUCUGCAGGCAGCCUGCACCGGAAAUACCAAGAAUUGCUGAAAGCCAUGCAGGGCAAAGUGGAGCUCAUCAGCCAGCUGGAGGCACAGCUGGAGAAGCAGAAGCAGAUGAGAGCCGAGGAAGCAAAAGUUGUUCAAAAAAAGGCUGCAAAGAUCAAGGAGUGGGUGGCACUGAAGUUAACAGAGCUUGAGAUGGAGAAUCAGCACCUGAAAAGCUGUAAUCAGCACCUGAUGGAGCAGGUGGGCACCCUUCAGGCUGCGCUAGAAGCCCUUCAGAUGGGGCCUCCAGGGAAGCUGCCGGUGAUCCCCAAGGGAGCCCAAGAGCAGGAGUCCGUGCCUGCAGAGGUGGGGGCCCAGCCUGUGGGGCAGGACGGUGGUUCCCAGGCUCCGGAUUUUAAAGCGGCUGUUCCCAUACCUUCUCUGGAUGCUUCCGAGAGCAAAGGUUUUCUGUCUGAAGCUAGAAGCCCUGUGGAAGAUACUAGUUCCAGCGCACUCCAUCCUGGGGAAGUGGCAAAGGCCAAGGUGCUUCAGCCUCAUCUGGAAAGCGAGCACUUUCCCAGCCAGCUGUGCAUGAAGCCUGGUGCCCCCAGGCGUGGGUCAGCCUCCUGCGGGGACAGCCUGGUCCCUGCUCAGGAGAGGGUGCUCCUGGGCAUCAAGACCUUUGCCAGGGAAGGUGGCCCUGGCAGCAGCCUGACCCUUCCAAAGGUUCGGGUGCCCAGCUCUCCCCAGGAUAGCAUCCAGAUGACCAAAAGGCACCACAGUCAGCCCUCUGUUGGACCCAGGCACUCUGAGCAUGUGGUGAAUGUUGAGGUUGGGGCCCUGUCAACCGUCCACACGUCUGGCCUUUCCAAGCUGGAGACCUGUGCUGACUUCCGGGAAGAACCAGAGAAGAUGGAGACAGGGGAGCUGCCUCCAGCAGGGAAGGAGGAGGAGAGGGGAAGCCUGAAGGCAGCUAGCACCAAGCUGGAGGAUGUGAGGCUGGGGAGCAAACCACCCACACCACCCUUGCACAGGUUUCCAUCCUGGGAGAGCCGCAUCUACGCUGUGGCGACUUCGGGCAUGCAGGUGUCAGAUGUGUCUCCUCGUAGCAGUGCUGCUUGUUGUGCUUCAAGCCCUCCUGCUCUUGUGUGCUCUGGGCCUUUCUGUGGCUUUGUCUACAAGAAUGUCACUGUGCCUGUCUACACAGCACUGAAAGGGAAAGCCACACAGAUCAGCAGCGUGCCCUUCAUGGAUGAGUCCUCUGGUUCUGAUGACGACUGCAGCUCUCAGGCGAGUUUCCGGAUGUCUGUGCCCUGCUCUGAGUGCAGGAAGACCAGUGGAUUGGGCAGUCCCCGGGCUAUCAAGAGAGGGGUCUCCAUGUCCUCACUGAGCUCUGAGGGUGACUACGCCAUUCCCCCUGACGCCUGCUCACUGGACAGCGACUACUCGGAGCCUGAACACAAAAUGCAGCGCACCUCCUGCUACUCUGCUGAGUGGCUGGGCCUGGGCAUGGAAUCACUGGAGAAGUCGGGUUACCUGCUGAAAAUGGGGAGCCGCGUGAAGACGUGGAAGAGACGCUGGUUUGUCCUGAGACAAGGACAGAUUAUGUACUACAAGUCCCCGAACGAUGUUAUCCUGAAACCGCAGGGUCAAGUGGACCUCAACUCUCAUUGCCAGAUUGUUCGAGGGGAGGGCGCGCAGACAUUCCAGCUCAUCUCUGAGAAGAAAACCUACUACCUAAUGGCUGACUCGCCCAGCGUGCUGGAGGAGUGGAUCCGCGCCCUGCAGAGCCUGCUGAAGGUGCAGGCCACAGGGCCACCAGCCCUGCUUCAAGGGGGCACCAAGCCUGCUGUGAAGGGCUGGCUGACCAAGGUUAAGCAUGGCCACUCCAAGCUGGUCUGGUGCGCUCUUGUUGGGAAAACCUUCUACUACUACCGGAGCCACGAGGACAAGCGACCCCUGGGCUGUCUGCCUGUGGGAGACGCACGCAUAGAGGAAGUAGACCGGUCCUGCGACUCAGAUGAGGACUAUGAAGCUGGAGGAACCAGGCGGCUGCUUUCCUCCCACUGCACGCUGGUGAUCCACCCCCCAGAGCACAGCCCCACCUACCUCCUCAUUGGCACCAAGCACGAAAAGGAUACGUGGCUCUACCACCUCACGGUGGCUGCGGGUGGCAGCAGUGCCCAAGUGGGCACUGCCUAUGAGCAGCUCAUUGGGAAACUGAUGGAUGGCGAGGGAGGAGACCCAGACUCUCCACUUUGGAAGCACCCCAUUCUGUGCUACAGCAAAGAUGGGCUGUACACCUCCCUCACCACGCUGCCCUCGGAGGCCCUGCAGACGGAGGCUCUCAAGCUCUUCAAGUCCUGCCAGCUCUUCAUCAACGUGCCUGUGGAGGCCGCCUCAGUGGAUUACCAUGUGUCCCUGGCGCAGACGGUGCUGCAGGUCUGCCUUGUUCACCCAGAACUGCAGAGCGAGAUCUACUGCCAGCUCAUGAAGCAGACCAGCUGCCGCCCACCACAGAAGUACUCUCUCAUGCAGUGCUGGCAGCUCCUGGCUCUGUGCGCGCCCCUUUUCCUGCCUCAGCAUCACUUCCUGUGGUAUGUCAGACAGCAGCUCCAACGCCACGCGGAUCCCAGAAAUGAAACUGGCCAGUAUGCCACCUAUUGCCAGCGGGCAGUGGAGCGGACCCUACAGACAGGAGAGCGGGAGGCCAGGCCAUCCCACAUGGAAGUGGUGUCUAUCUUGCUGCGAAAUCCUUUCCACCACUCCUUGCCCUUCAGCAUCCCUGUGCACUUUGCCAACGGGACUUACCAGGUGGUUGGUUUUGAUGGCUCCUCCACAGUUGACGAAUUCCUCCAGCGGCUGAACCAGGAAACAGGCAUGAGGAAGUCAUCCCACUCUGGCUUUGCCCUCUUCACAGACGACCCUUGCGGCAGGGACCUGGAGCACUGUCUGCAGGGGAGUGUCAAGAUCUGUGAUGCCAUCUCCAAGUGGGAACAAGCCCUGAAGGAGCUGCACCCUGGGAAGUCUGAGGGGGGGACACGCAUCGUGAAGCUGAUGUACAAGAACAGGCUGCACUUUCGGAGUCAAAUCAAAGGGGAGACAGAGCGAGAACGGCUGCUGCUCACCUACCAAACCAAUGGAGAGAUAGUGGCAGGGAGGUUUCCAGUCAGCAAGGAACUGGCUCUUGAGAUGGCUGGCCUGAUGGCCCAGAUAGAGUACGGGGACAUGGAGAAACCUAUCCUGCCAGGCCCUGGGGGCACACAUCCUGCCAAGGCUCAGCAUCUCCUCCAGCAGGUCCUAGACAGGUUCUACCCAAGGCAUUAUAGACUCGGUGCCCCUCCCGAACAGCUGAGGCACCUAACAAGUAUGCUGGCCACAAGGUGGGCAUCACUGCAAGGCCGUUCCCUGGCUGAGUACACCCGUACCUACUUGACCGUGGCCCGGAAAUGGCCUUUGUUUGGUGCUAAGCUCUUUGCUGCUCAGCCUGCCAAGCUGUUGCCCAAGGAGAACACUCUGGUGUGGAUUGCUGUGAAUGAAGAUGGUGUCAGCAUCCUGGACCACCACACUAUGCAAGUGCAAGUCACUUACCCCUACUCUUCAGUGACAACCUUUGGUGGCUGCAGGGAUGACUUCAUGCUUGUGAUUAGAUCCAUUCCAGACCAGAGUUCUGGAAAAGGCCACAUCGACAAGUUAAUCUUCAGAAUGGCUGCUCCCAAGAUUGCAGAGGCCACCUUCAUCAUGGCCAGCUACAUGAACCACUGCUCUGUACCUGCAAGCUCGCCUACCAGCCUGCCUGCAGCACGCCCGCUGAGGGAGCUAGACAGACGGCAGUUCUUGGCCCCGGUUUCCUGUGCUGCCAAGGGGCCGACAUUGCUGUGAAUAUCGUUACCUCUUUCCCGACCAGCACUGGUGCCUCUGGGAUUAGAUUUAUAUCCUGGGGCUUCACACUACUGUGAUGGGUCUGACAGUCCACUUCACCCCCACCCAGCCAUUCUCUGACAUGCAUUUCAGUGUCUGCAAAACCUCUACUCAAGGGCGUGGUGUAAUGUAUAAGGGCCCAUCCUUUACUGGUUCAGACCCAGUGUAAGAACCACUUUGCCUUUUUGUUUGUUUGUUUUAAACAAAAAUACUGACUCUGGAUGCUAUGUGAUCCUAGCCACAGACAGGGAUGACCCGCUCAUACUGAGGGUGGCAGUGCUGUACUUGGGCUUUCUGCACUGAUAUUCUCAGGGGAGCUAGUAUUUUUAUAUCAUUUGGGUCUUAUGUGGGGAUUUAUACUUGAAGUUUCCUAUCUAUCUCUGUAUAGGACAGGACAGCUCCGACAAAAGUAUAGAAUUCACUAAAACUGGACUUCUUUCCCCACGUGGGAAAGGUGUGGGCAGGAAAGAAGAAAAGGGAUAGAGUAAUUUUUCCCUUUUAUUAGUGAGUAGGCACCUGCAGUGGCCCUUGGGGGCGCAGUUUCAAUUCCUGAGCACUGCGCCUGCUCACAUUCAAGCUGUCUCCCUUACACUGGAAUGGAAGCUGGCCCUGAAAGCACUCGCUCUUCAAGCAAGGACACAGAUGGGCCCCAGCCAGCCCCUCUCUGUCUCUUUUAAUGCCUAGACAGGGCUCAGUGAAGGCUGUGUCGUUCACUGCUGAAGGACAGGGUACCCAUAGUCUCCUGGCUCCCUCAAAGCCUGAGCAAAUACCCUCUGCUGCUCUGUGAGGCCAGUGAGGAAGAGCGAGGGACACAGAAGACGACCUCACCCCACCUCACUUGGGGGCUGCAUCUGCUCCUCAAGGCUUCUGGUGAACUUCCGGGAAUCAGGUGGAUGCACAGGUCGUGCGUGUGUGCGUGUGCGUGUGCGUGUGCGUGUGCGUGUGUGUGCGUGCAUGUGUGUGUGUGUGUGUGGUACUGGCCCGAGGCUAAGGGUACCAUGUGAAAAAAGAAGAAAGUUUCUUUCACCUUUUGCCUGCUUGAGAACAUAAUGCCCCUCAACUCAGGUCUUCUAGUUGAGUGUGGGAGAUGUGAUAUUUACUCCCCUUCCCCCUCAAAACGAAAGAGUUCAUACUCUAGAUUUUCCAACAUCUCAAAAACUUGAGUUUUGGGGCUGGGGAUUUAGCUCAGUGGAAUAAGCACCUGCCUUGCAAGCAGGCAGUUGUGAGUUUGAUCCCCGGUACCAAUAAAAAGGAAAAAGACAAAAAAAAAAAGAAAAGAAAAGAAAAGAAAAAACUUGAGUUUUAUUUCAUGACUCUAAGGCACUCUUGCCAUUGGUUACUUUAGUGCUGAAAACUGAGUUUAGCAGAACACUCAAAAACCAAGCCUUUAACCCCAACAAUGUAUGUUGCACACUGCAAAAUCUGCAAGGUUGAACAACUAGCUCAUCAGAACACCUCGGCUGCUGCCAGCAUUUCCUCUCUCACCCUUUAAACUGAGGAGCAUGCUGAGAAGAGGCUCUGCCUCUGCCUCUUACAGGUGAACUUCACUUUGCAAGGCAGGAGGCUUUAUGGCCAUCUCUUCCUGCCUUGCCUCCAGGAUUUGGGGAUCUAGCUAGGACGUUUCUACCUCAAACAAGACACACAUAAGCACCAUAGACUCCCACGAUAAAAGGCAGAGAUUACAGCUUUGGUUUCGAAUUCCAAGCAUCUCUUAGGCCAGCAAGUAUAUUGUCUACUCAGGAAGUAUGUUAGAAAUAGGGUCCCAAAGAAAGUAAGCAUGGAGCUAUGUUUAUACUGAAUUUUGGGGUCAAACUAUUUCUUUCACCAUCUCUCCUUCCUGACCCUUCAGGACCUUCUCUUAGUUUAUUAAUUUUAUACAAAAGAAAACUGCCUUAGAAAUAAAAAAUCCCUACAUAUCCUUCUUUAACAUGGCAGUCCCACAUUUGGGAACCUAAGUCAAAUUUCUGUCUCAUAUUUUGUCUCAUCCCUCUUGGCAAAGCUGUCUUAAAAGAAUAGAAAAUGCUGAGUUAAAAAGAUCAGUGUACUUGAUGCUCAUAACUGAAAUGCCAUGACCAUGUUUGUCAAUAAAAAGCAGCCAUCUGUGAACAAAACAAUUACUGUGAAUGUUUUAGAAUGAGUUGUUUAUUACAGGAGUCAUGAUGGGUCAACCCUGUACAAGAGCUAAGUAGACACAGACUAGUAUUUUGUAGACAUUUAUUCCUUCUAACCUGUACCUAAAAAGCUUAACUUUCUUCUUCUUAACUUUUAUACAGGGGUACUAUGCAAAUCUUUCUCUUACUAUCUACUAUUGGUUUCCUAAUGUAAUUUCAACACAAAGUAAAUUUGUGCUUAGGAAUUUCACAAGGUACUCUUAGCUGAUGUUGCUUUUUUAUUUCUUGGAGACAAAAUACCACUAUGCAAUUCAAGCUGGCCUUGAACUCACUUUGUAGCCCAGCUGGCCUCAGAUUCACAGUGAUUCUCCUGCCUCAGCCCCCCAUGUUGGAAUUACUGGCAUGUGCCCCCACACUGCCAAGGGUGAUGUUACUUUUGAUAGAUUGUCUCUAAAUUCUUAAGGUGGUUCCUUUUUUAGUAAAGUAAGCAAAACUUUAUAAGAGGAAUAUUACAAUACAGAAAUAUUUCCAGUCACCUGCUGAAUGGUGAGCUGAGAUCCAUUGAAUCCAUUCUGGUUCUAGGACUGUGUCCACCUGGUGGUUUGCAGUAGGAAAAAGUCAGCCACUAGAGCGUAGGGGCCAUCUCCCCUGGAAGACAUUACUGGCCUUCUGAAUGCUGGAAACUCAUGACCUUGUUGUUGUGGCUUUCUGAUGCGCCAGAACUUCCUGGCAGCUCUUGUACACCUCAAUUAAGCAGUCCAGCCGGGGCUUGGCACUCUAAAUUCCAAACGGGAGAAAUGCAGAGUCAAGGCGAACCUGAGAGUUUGAUGCUGCAUCUAUGUGCACCCUCAUUCUGUCACCCACAUCAGGAUCUAAGUAGUGCCAGCAUGAGCUCAGAGGUGAAGUUUAAGCCUCAGAGCAUCUUGUUACGUGACUCUCACCUAAACCCAUCCUGUGAACUCUGCAAAGGAGGAGCUCAAAAGGGAGCUUUUUUUUUUUUGGUCUUUUUGAGACAGGGUCUCAUUAUGCAGUUCAGACUGGCCUGGCACUCACUUUGUAGCCCAGACUGGUCUUGAACUUGUAAUAAUCCUCCUGCCUCAGCCUCCCCAAGUGCUGGGAUUACAGGAGUGUGCCACCACGCCCAGCUAAAAAUGGUAACUUUUUAAUUUGUCUAAAUUUUAUGACAGCAAAAGGAAUAACGGAUGCUGUCAAGAGGUGUGCCGGUCAUAAAGCAGACCUAAAGCAGACCCAUAAAGAGACAAGUCAAUGCAGUUUAAUAUAUAAAUUCUGCGAAUUUUUUGUAUUACAAAAUGCAAUGAAACCAAAAUUAAAAACCACAGAAUAGGAGAAUUAUAUGCAAAUAUAUUUAAUAAAACUUUCUUACUCAAAAUAUACAAGAAUUGUUACAUGCAUCAAUAUCUAGAUUCCACUUGACAAAAGAGAUAGUUUAGAAUAAGAGGAAAUGAGAGGUGAUAUAUAUAAGGAAAUACAAAAAGCCUAUCACAGAGAUACAAAUUUAAUAAUUACAAAAUGCCUUUUUGCAGAUAGCACAGAAUGUAGACAGAAAAUAGCAUAUAGAAAAACUACAUAUUCUGGUGGUUCAGUCUUUAACACAAAAUCUAUAAAACUUUAAGGUUUGAUAAAACAGUUCUUAACUAUAAUGCAAAGUGUUAAUUUUAGUUGAGAUGCCUUAAAACUUGUGAAAAAGAAAAGGCAGUAUGGUAGAGCUAACUAAAUAUUAUGAAGUAAUUUAUGAUAAGCAGAUUUGUAUGGUGUUUGUAAGAGUAAACAAUGACCUGGAGCUAAUUUUAAAAGCUAGUGCUUGCUUUAGCAGUACACAUACUAAAACUGAAACAAUUUAAAAGGCGAGCAGUGUAUAAUGGCUUUGUACAAAGAUGCUUACAAAGACACAGCAAUGCAUGGUGGUGCACACCUGUAACCCCAGGGCUCUUAAGAGGUUGAGGCAGAUAGAACACAGGUUCAAUCCCAGCCUGGGUAACUUAGCAGUUUAGCAACUUUCUCAAAAACAAACAAACAAACAAAAAAAACUGGCUGGGAAUAUAGCUUGGUGCCAAGGCCCUAGGGUCAAUCCAGUACCACCACCACCACCACCCCACACACAAUAAUAAUAGCAUAUGUACCUCAAUAACUUUUCUUUGGUGCUGGAAAUUGAAGUCAUGACCUCACUCUUGCCAGGUAGGUGCUGUGCCACUGAGAUAUAUCCCCAGCCCAUUUUGUCUUUUUGAGACAGGGUCUCACUAUGCAGUUCAGGCUGGUCUUGAACUUGCAGUGACCCUCCUGCCUCAGCCUCCCAAGCACUGGGAUUACAGGCAUGCGCCACCACACCUAACUCAUUAACUUCUAAGUGCAACUGUGUAUUAGUAGACUGAGAGUCAAAUAAAUGAAUGGCACUUUGUAGACAGAAACAAUGGUUUAUAGGCAGGAGUUGCUGAAUGUUUGACUUUUUUCUCCAAAAUUUGCAUCAAUUCCUAAUUUUAUCAAUUGGUUGUGGUAUUUGGAUUAAACCCAGAGCCUGUUACUGAACUGUACGCUUGGCCCUUUUUUUUUUUUUUUUUUUAAUUUUGAGACAAAAUAUCAUUAAGUUGCUACAGUGCCCAAAUUAGGCUUGAGCUUUCAAUUUUCCUGUCUCCGCCUCCUAGAAUGCAGAGAUUAUAGGUAUGUACCAUCAUACCCUGCUGAAUUCCUAAUAUUUUCAAAAGCACAUCUUUGUCUCAGAUAGGCUGAAAUAACUAAAAUCCUAAUUCCCACUAAAAUUAGUGGACAAGCAUCUUCAGACAUCCUGAGAACAGUAGUCUGUUCCUAUAAGUGGCACCAGACAUGCAGAAAAAGGAAAAGACAAGAUUUGAUGAGAAAGGAAAACUGUUCUGUGCUCACCUGGAAGACAGGUACUACUUGAGAUAUCUUCUGUGGUUCCCGUGGAUCCUUCAGUAAAAUACAGAGGUAGUAAAUCACCUUCUGCUGUAAGAAAAGAAGCCAAGUAAGUGAAGCCUCUGGUGUGGAUUGAACCCAGAGCCUCUAUGCUGAGUUACAUCUCCAUUCUUUUCUAUAUUUCAUUUUUCAGACAUGGUCCUGCUAAGUCACUACAGUUACCCAAGCUGGCCUCCAAAUUGGAAUCCCCUGCUUCAGCCUCCCAGAGAGCUAGGAUUUCAGGCAUGCACCAUCAUACCAUUUCAUUUUGUGUUCUUUUUACUUCAGUGGAACCCUAAAAACUUUUUAUAAAUAGUUGUCUAGGUAAUAUAAUACUUGAUGGCUUUUUUUUUUUUUUUUGUCUUUUCCGUUUUUAUCGGUACCGGGGAUCAAACUCAUGACCGCACACUUGCAAGGCAGGUGCUUAUGCGGCUGAGCUAAAUCCCCAGCCCCAAUACUUGAUAGCUCUUGAAGUGAGGGAGAAGUAUAAUUCUAUAAAUACAAAAAAUUAAAAGGUCCUUUCCACAAUGGCAAAACUAAAGAGUUGUGGCCCUGCUGAGGAUGUCUGAUCUGUCUCCUUCAGUAUCUCUCAGCCCCUUUUACCCACCUCCAAACCCCUCAUAAAAUGAUCUGACCAACCUCCAAAAGACUGGGUACAUCAGCAUGUAUCUGUAGUCUCUGCUACUCAGGAGACUGAGGCAGGAGGAUUGCUCGAACCUAGGUAUUAGAGGCCAAUCUGGGCAACAGAGUGAAACCCUGUCUUCUAAAAAAAAAGGCGGGGUGUGGGGGGUGAUUUUGACAGUAGGCUAGAAGAAAAUUUGAAAUCCUAGCUUCCUAUUCAUAAAAAUCUACUGUCUCUCUCUAAAAAUAGUAAAGCUGCAUAUUUAUCAACAACACACAACAACAGUCCUAUAAAGUCAUAGAACAGCAAAAUCCUUACUGUCUAAUGACAUCAUGUCACAAUGCAAUGUCUCUCCUGCAUGUCUGUGGUGAUGUUAGAGAAACUACUGUGCUGCCAGUCAUCUAAAUAUGAAAAGAACUAAUGCUCACUGAUAAUAAACAAGUUACUGGUUUCUUAUAUACUACAUAAAGGAAAUUUUAAAACAACCUGACACUAUAUUAAGAGCAGGAAGGACAGGCCUAGCCCACUUAGACUCAGGUAGUUUUGAGAUCCUCCAUGCCAGCUACAACUUGUUUUUUUUUAAAUAAUUUUUUUUUGUCUUUUUCAUUUUUAUUGGUACCGGGGAUCGAACUCAUGACCACACACUUGCAAGGCAGGCACUUAUGCCGCUGAGCUAAAUCCCCCGCCCCCACGCCAGCUACAACUUGUAAGACAGCCAUAAUUCAGCCAGAAAGUAUAUUUUGUGUGAACUUGCUUCAAGGACAGACUGGCUCAGUUAAAGACAAUGUUGAUGGGCCGGGGAUGUAGCUCCGUGGCACAGUGCCUACCUACCAGAUGCAAGGUUGUGAACUUGAUUCCUGGUACCGUAACAGAAAAUCAAACAAAAAAAGGAAAUGACUGAUUCUACUUGCUCACUCAAGUCCCUAACCUUCCUCUGCAUACCCCUUCAGCCCAGAAUAGUUCUGCCUGACAACACAUGACACACAGCCUGUGUAAACAAUUGUAAAGUAACCUGCUAUUAGCCUUUUGUACUUCCUGCCUAAAAUGUAUACAAGUGUCUAUUUAACCCCACUGUGGGGCUAAUGGUUUGGAACUCAGUUUCCCCCAGCCUGUGAACGUAAUAAAGAGUUGUCAUCCAA